CCCAACCAGGCUGCUUUGUGUUGACUAUGGUACCAGGGAAGACAUUUGAAACCUGUUGGACAACAUGUUUGAGAAAGACAUAGUAAGUGUCAAGACGUCACAGUAGCAGCUGAAACACAGAGACCUGGGAGCGUUCCAUGUUUAUGGUUGCACUGUACGGUCAGCAUUCAGAGGAACCCUGCGUGUGCAGGUAGGCUCAUGAUGGAAUUUGCUUGUGGGUUUGUUUAUGUGCCGCCAUCGGUGAGUCAGAAGGACGGCCAGCGAUCCACUGCCAAUGUCGUCAAACGCUCAGCUCUUCUCCCUCCUUUGAACCGGGUCCGUCCUCGCAUUCCUCCACCUCCUCCUCCCACAAAUCCUGCGGAAGCCAAAUCACCAAAGUCCCUCUCACCGACCCCCAAGAUUGUGGAACAGUUGGAAAAGAGCAAGGAGGUUAAGACAUCGGUGAAGCCCUCUUCUGUCUUCUACGAGAAUGCAGAAUUUCACAAUAAAGCAGGGGCUGCCUCUGCUGUCAGCAGGCCUGUCAACGCUCAGCAGAAAACACCUCGAAAAACAGCUCUUCUUCCACCACACAUGAAACCUGCGGCCAACAGCCUGCCACUCCUGUCCCCUAACACCACUGGCCAGACAUUUACCUAUGACCUCCCCAAAGAUGAGCCUGAUUUAAACACAGAGUCUUGGGAUCCAGACUACUCAUACACCCUCCCGGAGGGCACAGGGCUCCAUGUGAAGCUGCCGGCUGAUAAUAGUGUUGUGACGGCCCAGCAAAUAGCUCCACCUCUUCCUCCGAGACCUUCCUUCAUGAAGUCAAUGCCAGAAUACGUGGUUCUGUUACCCUCAUCCCCACCGUCUCCUUCACCUCAGAAAUCAAAUUACCCGUCACGUGUCCCAUCACCUACUGGAUCAGCAGAUAAGGGGUUUCUACCAGGGAAUCCUAAUGUGGUCCUUGUCAGUUUAGGAAAAUUACUCUCAGAGGAAAGAGUGCAGACCAUACAAGGAGAACCCAUCUCCUGCUCCCAGUGCGGCGCUGUGCUGGACUCCUCCUGUGACAAUGAGGCGAAAGUGUGUUACUUCUGUCAGUCCUCAGAGUUGACCAGCUCUCUCAGUGCACCACCAUGUCCCCUGUCUGGCUACCAGGACGGCCUCUUUGAGCUGCCUCCUGAUGAAAAACUCCCAUGUGCUGCUGACGCUCUGCUGCUCUUCUGCAUCGACAUCUCGGGCUCCAUGAGCAUGACCUCCCAGGUGUCAGAGGGAGAGCCGGCUGUCCACAGAUCCCGUCUACAAUUUGUCCAGGAAGCCGUUUUACAGUGCGUUCAGAGACUGAGUGAGCAACAACCUGAUAUACAAGUGGGACUCAUCACCUUCAACCAUCAGGUGACGAUGCAUGGACAUGACAGUUUCCCCUCACGUUUCCUGUACGGUGCUGAGUUGGCCGACGUCAACUAUCUGAAAAAGGCUGCAGCCAGUUUUCCCAGUCCGCCUCCACUGUCACAGACCAAGGACUACUUACAGAGACAAGUUCAAGGAUUAUCUGAAUCUGGGACAACAGCUCUUGGUCCAGCUGCUCUCCUGGCGAUUGCAAUGGCCUCCAGACAGCCAGGCUCCAAGGUGAUUAUCUGUACAGAUGGGAAGGCCAACACAGAGCUGGGGAACCUGGAGGAGGAAGACAUUGACGCUCGCACCCUCCUCUCAUCCACCAUCUUCUACCAGGAGCUGGGAGAGUACGCGGCCAAUCAGGGUGUGACGGUGUCUGUGCUGUCCAUAGAGGGAACUGACUGCAGGCUGGACGAGCUGGGAAGACUCGUUGAUCGCACUGGGGGGAAAGCGGUAAUUGCAAGUCCCAAAAGGUUGCACCGGGAGUUUGAGCAGAUCAUUGAGAACAGGACCAUCGCUACACAUUGUGCUGUCACAUUACUGCUGCCCAAAUCACUGCGCAUGAGAGGAGAGAGGGAGGCAGGACACAAAGUGAUCAGAGAGGUGGGGAACGUGGACCCAAACACAGAGAUCACCUUCCAGUUUGGAGCCGAUGAUCAGGACACAGGAGUGUCAGUGCCGACCUCUGGCAGCCGUGUGUCCAUCCAGCUGCAGGUCAGGUACAGGCAGAGGAGCGGACAGACGAUGCUCAGAGUGAUCACUGCAGACCGAGAUGUCACUGACGACAGCUCGGCAGCCCUGUCCUCUCUGUCUCUGGCCAUCAUUCAGCUCAACUCGUCACAGGCCAGCGCCGCUCUGGCUGUGAGGGGCCGCUUCCUCGACGCCAGGAGGGAAGGAGAGCUGCAGAGGAAGCUGAUCGAGAGAGCAAUAGAGCAUAAUCGCAGUGUGGAGGACAAACAGACAUACCAAGAAUGGGUUAAAACCAUGGAGCCAAUAUACAACAGCAUACAUAACUUCACCAGGAGGAAAUCUGUCAUUUCAGACUCGCAGACUCUAACAGAUGCUGGUGCGGCGCUGCUGUACGCCAUGAAGCACAGCAACAGGAAGUCCAUCUCGCUGAAGGAUAAACACAAACUGUAGCCAACUGUUCAGCCUCCAACCUUUACCUCACUGGAAGCCGCUCGGGUCAUGAAUGAAUUUUUUUUGGGGGGGGGGCUAAAACUCAUACUUGUGUAAUGUAAAUAAUGUAUGGCAGUCUAUCAACAUAGCACAUCUGCAUCAUAAAGGAACUUAUUUCUGAGAGCAAGACUUUAAUUGAUGUCUUUCACUGUUACAUAUGAAACCUGCUGCGGCGGUACAGUGUCCAUGGGUGUAUUCGUCCCUGUGGCUUUGUGCUUUUGUGCUGACCAAAACACACAAGAAAAAUCCUGACUCAGAAACACCACCAUGCAGCUAACACCUACAC